GGAGCGCCUACUCCAGACUGCGCGGUAGCUGUAGCUGUAGCUGUAGCGGUAGUGCGGCCGCCCCCGCCCCCGCCCCAUGUGGUCCCGACAUCACUGACAUGGCGGAGUCCCCGGCACGGCCGCCCGGCAGCGCCUCCGGCUAGAGUCCGCCGCCGCCGCCGCCCUACCGCCACCGCCACCGCCACCAACAGCAACAGCAACAGCAACGCCUCCCCGGCCGCGCCCAGGAAGCCGGUUGAGGAAAAUUCUCCAUGAAUGUAUGUCACAAUGAUGAUGACCGACCAAAUCCCGCUGGAACUGCCACCGUUGCUGAAUGGCGAGGUAGCGAUGAUGCCUCACAUAGUGAAUGGAGACGGAUCGCAGCAGGUCAGUAAGCUGUAUGGAAAGAGAAUACUGAAUGACCUGUCAGUGGGCCACAAAGCAGCAUUUGGGAACGUCAUUUUGGUUCAAGUUAAUCCAGGUGAAACCUUUACAAUAAGGGCUGAGGAUGGAACACUUCAAUGCAUUCAAGGACCAGCAGAGGUUCCCAUGAUGUCACCCAAUGGAUCCAUCCCACCUAUCCAUGUGCCUCCAGGUUAUAUUUCACAGGUGAUAGAAGACAACACGGGCGUUCGCCGGGUGGUGGUCACGCCCCAGUCUCCCGAGUGCUAUCCUCCCAGCUAUCCGUCUGCUAUCUCCCCAACCCAUCAUUUACCUCCAUACCUGACACACCACCCCCAUUUUAUUCACAACUCUCAUACAGCUUUUUACCCUCCUGUCACUGGACCUGGAGACAUACCACCCCAGUUUUUCCAACAGCAUCAUCUUCCCCCAACAAUAUAUGGUGAACAAGAAAUCAUACCACUAUAUGGGAUGUCCAGCUACAUUACCAGGGAAGAUCAGUACAGCAAACCACAGCACAAAAAACUCAAAGACAGACCGAUUGACCGUCAGAACCGGCUGAAUAGCCCUCCUUCCUCCAUUUAUAAAACCCACCUGAGCAACUGCACAACUGUAUACAAUGGUUAUGCAAAGAGCCACAAUGGAGCAGGCAGUGGAGGAGGAGGUGGUAGUGGUGGAGUAGGAGGUGGAGGUGGAGGAGGUGGUGGUGGAGGAGGAGCAGCACCAGGAGUAAAGAAACCAGAGCGCAGAGCAAGAAGCAGCCCAAAGUCGAUUGAACAAGACCCACAUGAAUAUGACUCGGAAACAAAAAGGGUCCAAGACAUUCUUUCUGGAAUGGAGAAGCCACAGGUUACAAAUAUUCAAGCAAGAACUGUUUUACUCACAUGGUCCCCUCCUACUGGCCUUUUAAAUGCAGAUAGACACAAUAAUGGCUUGCCUUACACCUGUACUUACGAAGUUGCCUUAUCAGAUAAAGGGAGGGAUGGAAAAUACAAGAUAAUUUACAGUGGAGAAGAGUUGGAAUAUAACCUGAAGGACCUUAGGCCAGCAACAGAUUACCAUGUCAGGGUAUAUGCAGUGUACAAUUCAGUAAAGGGAUCCUGUUCAGAGCCAGUUGGCUUCACCACUCACAGCUGCACACCAGAAUGUCCCUUCCCACCCAAGCCCUCACACAGGACCAAAACUUCACUUACUUUACAAUGGAAGGCACCCAUUGAUAACGGUUCAAAAAUCACCAGCUACCUUUUAGAAUGGGAUGAGGGAAAAAGAAACAACAGUUUCCGAGAAUGUUACUUUGGGAGUCAAAAGCAUUGCAAGUUGACUAAGCUUUGUCCAGCUAUGGGGUACACCUUCAGGUUAGCAGCUCAGAAUGACAUAGGCACCAGUGGGUACAGCCAGGAAGUAGUGUGUUACACAGCAGGUAAUAUUCCGCAGACCCCUUCUGCACCAAGACUUGUUCGAGCAGGUGUUACAUGGAUCACGUUGCAGUGGAAUAAGGUAGAAGGAUGUACGCCAGAAGAAGUUAUUUCUUACACCCUAGAAAUUCAAGAAGAAGAUAAUGAUAGUGUGUUUCACACAAAGUACACUGGAGAAGACCUAACCUGUACUGUGAAAAAUCUCAGAAGAAGCACACAAUACAAAUUUAGGCUGAUUGCCUCUAAUGUGGAAGGGAAGAGUUGUCCAAGUGAAAUUUUGGUCUGUACAACAAGCCCAGACCGGCCAGGACCUCCUACCAGACCUGUUAUUAAAGGGCCAAUAACAUCUCAUGGCUUCAGUGUUAAAUGGGAUCCUCCACAGGACAAUGGUGGUUCAGAAAUUCUAAAAUAUCUCUUAGAGAUUUCUGAAGGAAAUUCUGAAGCAGGUCAAUGGGAAGUGGCUUAUAGUGGGUCUGCUACAGAAUAUACCUGUACUCACUUGAAACCAGGCACUUUGUAUAGACUUCGGGCAUGCUGUAUCAGCACUGGUGGACACAGUCAGUGUUCUGAAAGUUUACCUGUCCGUACGCUAAGUGUUGCACCAGGUCACUGUCGGCCACCACGAGUGCUGGGGAAACCCAAACACAAAGAAGUUCAGCUACAGUGGGAUGUUCCAGUGUCAGAAAGUGUGUGUCAAGUCUCAGAGUACAGUGUAGAAAUGAUGGAACCCGCAGACGUCACGUCUGAAGUGUAUCACGGUCCUGAUCUAGAGUGCACAGUCUGCAACCUUCUUCCUGGAACAACGUAUCAGUUCAGAGUGAGGGCUUUGAAUGAUGGAGGGUAUGGGCCAUAUUCUGAAGCAACCGAAAUCACCACAGCAGCAGGACCACCUGCGCAGUGCAGAGCACCUUUCCUUUCCUUUCUCUCUGAUACAUGUGUACUUGUAAGCUGGGAGAGUCCUGAAAGCUCUGGUGCUGACAUCUCUGAGUACAGAUUAGAGUGGGGAGAAGACGAGAAGACUCUAGAACUUGUGUAUAAUGGCACAGAUACCUGUUUUGAAAUAAGUGAGUUGUCGGCAGCAGCACAUUACUGCUGCAGACUGCAGGCUAUAAAUCAAGCAGGAGCUGGACCCUAUAGUGAUGUAGUAACUUGCAGAACCCCAGCAUCAGUACCUGAUGCAGUCUCUACCCUCUCUGUACUGGAGGAUGAGCACAUGGAUGCCUAUCAAAUAUCACCCUCUGUGUGCCUUGUAUUGAACUGGGAAGAACCAUGCAAUAAUGGGUCUGAGAUCACGUCUUACAACAUUGACCUUGGUGACGUUUGCAUUCCCGUGGGCAGCGUUACAACUUACGUUAUUGAUGAUCUGCUUCCAGAAACCUCAUACCGGAUCAGAAUUCAGGCUGUCAAUGAAAUCGGAGCUGGGCCAUUUAGUCACUUCAUUAAAGCAAAAACGAGGCCAUUGCCCCCCGUACCUCCUCGGUUAGAGUGUGCUGCAGCAGGCCCCCAGAGCCUCAAGUUGAAAUGGGGAGAGAGCAGCUCCAAACUGCAUGCCACAGAUGACAUGGUCUAUAUCUUGCAGAUAGAAGACAGAAACAAAAGGUUUAUUCCGAUAUACAGAGGACCAAGUCACACGUAUAAGGUACAAAGACUGACAGAAUCGACUUGCUACACGUUUAGAAUACAAGCAGUCAACGAUGCUGGAGAAGGGCCUUUCUCAGAACUGUGCACUUUCUGCACCACCAAAUCUAUCCCACCUGCCAUCAAAGCCCCUCGAGUGACGCAGCUAGAGGGAAAUGCCUGUGAAAUCACCUGGGAAGUGGUUCCACCCAUGAAAGGAGACCCUAUCAGUUAUGUUCUGCAGGUACUGGUUGGGAGAGAGUCUGAAUAUAAACAGGUGUACAAGGGAGAUGAGACGACAUUCCAAAUCUCAGGCCUUCAGGUCAACACAGACUACCGGUUCCGUGUCUGCAUAUGCCGCCGAUGCUUGGAUACCUCACAGGAACUUAGUGGACCUUUCAGCCCAUCUGUUGCCUUUCUACUCCAGCGAAGUGAGCUCAUGCUUUCAGGGGAAAUGGGAAGUGUAGAUGAUCCUAAGAUAAAGAGCAUGAUGCCUACUGAUGAACAGUUUGCAGCCCUAAUUGUUAUUGGCUUUGCAACUUUGUCAAUUGUAUUUGCCUUUAUAUUACAAUACUUCUUUAUGAAGUAGAGAAUCCAAUGACAGUUUGAAGUAUGAAUUUAACUAAUGCUACGCAUUAUAAUCCACACAUUUAUUCAGAUAUUCCUUUUUGAAAUCUUUUUGUUCUACCAUGCAUUUUAUAUAUUUCUCUUGUUUUUACAGUUCUAGCUAAGAGAAAGAUAAAUCAGUGUUUUGAUGCACCUUUUUGAAAUUCAAAACUUGGAAGUGGUCAAACUGGAGAAAUGAACCAGAUAAUAAAAGCAACGGUUUGUUUUUUUCCUUCACAGUUUCAGAAUUGUCACCAAUUUGCUGUUACAUUGUUUUAUUUUUUUAUCACAGAAGUCCUUACAGUCUGUCUUGUACUGUUACUUUUUAGCAAAUUAUAAUCAUCAGUCACUACUUUUCUUUAUCUGUAAACUUUAAUCACAAGUGUGUAUAGUGGUAAGGCUAGAAUGAAGUGUUAGUCAGCAGUACCAGGUUUUCAUUGAACAGUAUUAUCAAUGUUACCUAUGAUUAUUCACUACAAUACAUUUGCCCCAGUUUUUUUCAAGAUACAUUGUACACUCACUUACUUUAACUAUGCUUAGUGCAUUUAAAUCAAACAGUAUACUGCAGUCUAAAACCUUUUAAUGAUCUGUUACUUUUACAGUUACAACACUAUGAAUUGUCUAUGUAAGAAAUCAAAGCCAAACUGCAUAUAAAUUAUGAAGCAUUAGGUUUUUUUAAUCAUUUUGAUUCAUAGCAGUAACUUUAAGAGGGCAUUGUGCAAUAGUUAGUUAUUCCCAUGUUCAGCUGUUCAAAGCUGCUUGACCCUGUUUAUUUGUCAUUGUAUAUAACUACUCCUAAUCUAAUCACUAGAUAUUAUUGUAUUCUAUUACGUUCAGUCUGAUUUAUGUAAUUGGAGCUGGUGACAGCUUACUGCCUCUACUGAUCAUGUAAGAUUUACACCCACAAGCAGCUUUUUAGUCAAUCAGUCACUUUUGAAGAAGGCUGCAUUUCUUGGCGGUAUCCAUUAUAAGACCAGAUAAUUCAUCUGAUGCCUAUAUUCCUAUUAUUGCAUCAAAAUAUUGGAUACAUUGCAAAAAUCAGAGCAAGAGUGAUCCAGAUUUAUCUUUUUGUUCUUGCGGCAGUGGCCCAUACAUGUUUUAAUUCAUGGAGAUACUAGAUUUUUAACAAAGUCAUUUGGGUUAUUUAUAUUGAAGUCAACAAUGUGCAAGUACCUCAGGGACUUAAAUGAGCUGGAGGUGCAAAUCAAUUCCAAAAGGGUGCAACAGACACACACCAUGUAUUUCCCUGCCUCUUGUUUUUGUAUAUUUUUGCUAUAUUUUGAUUUUGCUUUUGUCAUAGCUAUUUCGUGCUCUAUGUUGUCUAAGAUUCAGUGUCCUGUACUAGCAUACUAUUCCCUUAACCAAAGUAAUGGGGAAACCAACAUUAUUUUGUUUUAGGUUUAUUUAUACUAUAUACUGCAUACAGUACUUUAAAUGCCAAUUACAGUGCAAUCUUUUAUUUAUUGUAAAAAAAAAUAAAUAAAAAAUAAAAAGUGUACUUAUGUACUAAUUUUUCCCCCCUUGUAGCAUGUUAUAUUUUGUCUGUUUUAUACUGUCGUACUUUUUAGGUCCACUUUUUCACCCAGCAGCAUUCCUAGUAUUAUUAACCUUCUUAUGUUUUCUUGUGUUUUUGAAGAUGGGAGCAUCUAGUGCAUUCAAUGCCAAAAAAAACCCAUUAUCAGUGAUUGAAACGUUUACAUGCAUCCAAAAAGCAUAAUCAUCUCUUGAAAGAAAGUGCUAAGAUCAAUGAAUUCUUCUGUGUGCCUCUAGAUGUAGCAAAUAUUAGAAAUGUUUGGUAUUUUGUUAAUGACUAUAAUUAGUUUAAUUUAGCCUUGCAAACUAAUGACAUUGAACUAAAUAUAUAUAUAUAUAUUUUUUUGUUUCUGCCAAAGUCGUGGCUUGUCAAAUUUAUUUACAUUUUAUUUAAAUUUAUUUGUGAUAUGGAAAUGUUGUGACCUUGCCUUACAUCUGUAUUUUUUGAGCAAAGCAUACGCAACUGUUUUCAACAGGGGGAGAUCAGGUGUAUUUUUUAAAACAAUGAAAAACACAGUGAUUUGGAAACUCGCAUUUGAAUUAUUUAUCCCUUUUUUAUUUUGGAAUACUCUUUUAGCAGUGCUGCUACAAAAUCCAGGCCUGGUGUCUUUUUUUUUUAAUGUGUUUUAGGUAAUUUGUUUCAAAAUGUUGCAUAUGUGGGGUGUAGCAGCAAGCAGAAGUGUAGAGAACAGAAACCUGUAACACUUUAUGUGAAGUGUUUUUGACACGACUGAUUCAUUUGGUAUCUCAUCAUAAUGACAACAGUCAAAAAAUCCAGCUCAACUCCCAUUGAAGGUAGUGGUGAAAGACUUUUAUGGGAUUUGGAACAGGCCCAGAAUAAGUUAAUUUUAUAUCUUUAUUUACUUUGUAUAUACUGCCAUAGCAAUUCUGUUAUAAUUCAUCUUUAAUGUAAACAUAAAAUAAAGUGUUACAGGUUUAAACCUUUCCUCUUUGUACUUCCAUUACCAAUUAAUGCAGUUUACUGAUGCUUCAGGUUUUCCUCUGUCUUUAUACCCUUCCUUGGCCCAGUCAAUAUUCAUCACAUGAACCAAAUUCCAAAGCCCUCUGCUCUUCAUGAAAUUGUUACAGGAAAAAAAGGAAAAAAAAAAAGGAAAAAUAAGUAUUUUAAAAAUUAUUAAAAAGGAAAGAAACAUUUUAUAUUAUCUGCCUUUUUUCUUUUUGAACUUGAAAUGUAGUUUUCUAAUCUGUUUUGUUGGCUACAGUAGUUCAGUAUUCAAUGUCACAAUUGAGAAGUGCCCUAAUUGAAUGUGUAUGAACGUUAUCCUUGCACAAUUCUUUAAAUUGAAAAAAAUAAAAUAAAAAUGUUUUUACCUCACUAUGGGAACAUACAUUCCAAGCUUUUCAACUCUGAGAGAAAUAAUCAUAAGUUUUUCUUGUAUUGUAAAUUUUAGACUAUUUCAUAAGCAUUGUAUUAAAACUGCCAUAUCAAUUUUAAUGUAUAGAUUUUGCAAAUACUACGCUAUGUAUGUAAGACUUAACUGUAUCUGUAGUGUAUAUGUAAUAUAUUUAUGCCCAAUAAAUGUUUUAAUUCUUUCUGA